AUGGGCUCGGUCGCAUCUGUCUCUGCGGAGUGUCGCGCUGCUGCUGACGCCGAUGUUGGCGUCGGUUCUGUCGAGCGACAAAUCGACGAUGAUGAUAUUGAAGUACGAGGCCUUCACGCGUUUACACUCGAAAAGAAAGUGGGGCAAGGUGCCUUUGGCUGUGUGUGGCGCGCCCGGCGGAAACAUCAAGACGGUGGCCUUGUCGCUAUCAAAGUCCAAGACAAAGACCAUAUUUCCCAGCAUGGCCAGGCAUCGCAUGUCAUUGCGGAGCGAAAUAUUUUGUCUCGGCUGCAAUGUCCAUUCAUUGUCCAGCUGUUGUACGCAUUUCAAAACCACGAGCAUGUCUACCUAGUUCUUACUUGGGCAUCCGGUGGCGACCUGUUUUCCUUGAUGGGGAGAAUGAAUCGUCUUUUCUCUGAGACUGAGGCCCAAUUCUACAGUGCAGAGAUCACGUGUGCCCUGGACCAUCUUCACAACCAUAACAUCAUUUUUCGCGACCUAAAACCAGAGAAUGUGCUCCUCGGUGAUGACGGACACGUCCUCCUCACCGACUUCGGGCUCGCUAAAGAUGUACGGAAGGAACUUGCGCGCUCAAUAUGUGGCACCCCAGAAUUCAUGGCGCCCGAAGCCUGGACGGGUUGUAACAUAAGCGCCUCGAUAGACAUGUGGGCGUUGGGGUGUCUUGUUUAUUUGAUGAUGGUGGGUGUGACUCCUUUUUUUGACCCUGAAAAACGACGAUACGAUCGUACACGUGCGCUUCGAGAGGGAGCGUAUAGAACUAUCAGCACGGUCUUUGGGGUUAAAGAUCCUCCAUCUAGCGAUGCUGACGAUUUCGUUGCGGCACUGCUGCGUAUUGAUCCAGUUGAUCGGCUAGGAGCCCCAGGAGGCAUUAAGGUGGCAACACACUCAUGGCUCGUCGCGGUAGACUGGGUGGCAUUACGGGAGAAGCGUGUUGCACCACCAAUGCUC